AUGGGUGCUGGCACAUCCUUCCCCGCCGAGGUGUCCAACCUCAAGGGGCAUCCCUGCAGCAUCCCCCGCCAUGCCUCCGACGCCCAGGUGCCCGCUUGGCAGGCGUUCUCCGCGCACACCGAUGCCUUGUCCUUCACCCAGGUGGCCGUGACGGGACUUGGCACACGCGAAUCUGGCUCGGCCCUUGGAGCUGCUCUUGGUCGGCUGGCCAUCAGUGGCGGUGUGCCUGCUGGGCCAGCUGGCGCGGCCAUGGCGUCGGCCAAUCCACCCACCGGCGUUCUUUCGGGCCAGGCCACGGUCAGCGUGGUGGCCACCCGUCGUAAUCCCUUCACCCAGAAGAAGGUGUCCCAGUUGCUGACAUUCACGGCCGGCGUGCGCCCCUCGGCCGGGCCCGCCCCCGGGGCCGACAUUCACAAUGUCUCCCCGGACCAGGAGAGUGUUUCCAUGCAGCUGGUGAGCACCAGCGACCUGGGCGACCUCGUUCGCGUGUGCUGGUCCCCCUCGCGUCGGCGCCGUCUGCAAAUCCGCAAGGCUGACGAUGGGAAGGCUUUCCAUGUGGAGAUCCAUGAGGGCACGCAUAUGUUGGCUCAGGCAUGCGUCCCGCGGACCCAGAUUUCGGAGGUGUACACCGAUUCUCUCUUUGGUGGAUGCAUCUCCUGGUCGGCCUCCGAGUCGGAGGUCUGCUUCAUCGCGGAGCUGGCCCCGGAGCUGGCCCAGGCCAAGCAGAGCACCCCGCAGCCGGUCAUGGCCGAUCGCACACGCACGCCUGCCCCCCGGUCGACCGCCCAAUCGGCCACCACCUCGGCCACUCCCUCCAACACCGGUACCCCGGUGGCCGGGACCCGCCCGACCGAUGCCAAGCCCUCGGCCAAUCCCCCCACCAACUCGGCUCCCAUGGGCUCCGCCGCUGUGGCGGCCUCGGCCCCCGAGGUCAAGUACGAGCACCAGCCCACUUGGGGCGAGGGAUUCAAUCAGCUGGGCCUGCCGGUGAUUGUGCUGUGCCGGCUGCUGGCGCCCCCCUCGGCCGGGACUUCCGACAUGGAUGCCCUGCCUUCGAGCUCCGCGGACCUGUGCGAUCGCCCGCACCUUGGCCACAUGGCCGACUCCGGGGUGCCUGCCUACUAUCUGCGCCCGAUGCUCGAGGUGACCGUGCUGGAUUCGCUGAGCCCCUCGCUGCUGCCGACCGGGCUCUGUCUGCUGGACGGUCAGAAUGGCGGCGGCCACCUGCAGCACGGCGAGUCGCAGCCUGGCUCCGGAACGGGACGCGUGCGGCUCCUUUGCUCGACCAUCUCCCGGGAUGCCUGGUCUCUGGGGAUCAAGCACUGCCUCAACCGUGAGGCCGCCCUGCACCUGGUGACCGUGCAGCCGGACACCGCAUGGCAAGCGGACCAGCUGGCGGCCGGCGCAGCCGGCGAGCUGGUUCGCUUGAGCUCCACCAACCCCCAGCUAUUGGUCAGCCACCUGCCGGUGCCGGUCUCCGGCGAGGCCUUCAGCUACCGGUCGCUGGUGGCCAGCCCCUGUCGCCAGCGGGUGGCCUUCCUCGGGACGGAGCCCUCCGCCCCCCAUGGAUCCACCUCGGCCCUGUACAUUUGGGAUGACAUUGUGAUGGAGACCGGCCUGGCGGAUGGCCGCUCCUCGGCCGGCACCGCCACGCCAACCAAUGCCCGGGCUCCGGUGGCCCCGCGUGCGGCCUACCGCGCAUGCCCCUUCUUCCUGUUCACCGAGUCCCUGGGCUCCGGGCCGGAGGGGUCCUGCUGGUCGCCGGACUCGCGGAAAAUCCUCCUGAGCACGGAUCAGGGCUUCUCGCGCAUGCUGCUGAUCUUCUCCCUGCCGCCACAUCCCGGCUCGCUGACUGCCUCGGAGGGAGCGGCCGCCGCAGUGGCCGGCGGCCGGGCGGAUGGCAGCCUCUUCCGGGCCACGCGCGUCAAGGUGGUCAAUGCCGAUGCCCUGAGCAUGAUGCUCAUGCGCCGGGUGGGGCUGACCCCAUUGAAGCUGGGUCAGCCUCAAAACCUCCCCUCAUCCAAGAUCCUCACUCAUGAUCCGACGCAAAUUGGCUGCUUCACCCUGCUCCAUGUGGAUCCGGCCUCGGGGGAUGCCUUCCUGACGUGGUCCUCCCCGGCGCACAGCGGCUCGCUCGUGGUGGUCCCCCGGAUUUUCGAGUACUUGGCGCUCUUCCACACGGCGGACAUGCCGCUGGAUGCGCAAAUUUCCACGCAAAACCUCUGGCGCAUGGACCAACUGUCGGCCAACUUGCUGGAUGCCGUGCGGUAUCAUCCAUUCGAUGCGGCCCCGGGGGAGCGGCUGGACUCGGGCUCGGCCGCGGCCACCGCCUCCACCCCGGGCGGGGUGUCCACGCCUCUGGGUGACAUCGACGACGAGGAGGAGGAGUCGGCCGACCAGCUGGCAGCCGACCUGCUCCCGGCACACUAUCUGACCUACUGCGAGCCGGCGCACUCGGGAGCCUGCCUCUUUGUGGGCCAAACCGCGCCGGACAUCGGGUCGUCGCUGCUGAUCCACCGGAUCCCCUCGGAUCUGUCGCGCCUGGAUGCACAUGGCCAGCCCAUGAGCGAGAAUGAUGUUCAGGCUUUGUCGCCGCCUCAGCUGCGAACCCCGGACGCCGCCGGGCGCCGGCGCUAUCGCCAACUGAAAACCUCGGAGAUCGAGUGUCUGUUGGUGAUGCCGCUGUCGCCGGAGAAGUUCUGCGACCACUGUGAGCGCCGGCUGGAUGUCUGCCGUGAUGAGGUCGACUCCGCCGCCGGUCCGCUCGGUCGAGGGAGUGUCUCUUCUCUUCCCGGACGGGGAUCCACCACCUCGCAGCAGCAGCAGCAGCAGCACCACCACCACCACCACCACCACCACCACCACCACCAGUCGCACGGGCACCGCAGUGAUUGCACCGGAAAGCCCCCGGCCGAGCCCAUUCACACCCCGGCUUCGGUUCCGCUGGUCGUGUCGCCGCACGGUGGCCCGCACUCGGUCAGCCUGAGCACUUUUUCCCCGACGGUGGCCACCCUGGUGUCUGCUGGCCAUGCCGUUCUGUUGGUUAACUACACCGGCUCCCUGGGCCGGACGAUGUCCUUCGUGCAUGCCCUUCGCGGGCAUGUUGGACGUCGCGAUGUCGAUGAUGUCCACCUGUGUGUCAAGCAGACAUUGUUGCUUUUCCCCUGGCUGGACCGCACGCGUGUCGGCAUUUUCGGCGGCUCGCACGGUGGCUUCCUGGGAGCCCAUCUGAUGGGUCAGCAGCCGGGGCAUUACCGCGCGGCGGUCCUUCGGAACCCGGUCAUCGAUAUCCCUGGUACGGGGUGGCUUUCACAAAACCGCCGGAGGGGGGAGGGAUGUUUUCUUCUUUCUUUCUUUCUCCUCCCCGCUUUUUUUCAUCCGCCUCCAAACAGGCCACCUCCCCAAAGGCUGACACGCAACUCGUCUCCCGGUGCUGGCGGUCCGUCAUCGCACCUUGGAUUGCAUCCUCGUGCCUUUCUCUGCAACAAAGCCAUGUCCGUUGUGACCGACAUUCCAGAUUGGUGCUUCCUCGAGACACAGACGUCCUUCGACUCGGCCUUCUGGGAUGCCAGCAGCAUCCAGAAGCAGUUUGAGAUGUCUCCCGCUCGCCAUGCCAACAGUAUGUAUCCCCAUCAGAGCCUGGGCUGGCCUCUUGCUUCUCCAUCCCCGGCCCUGCCUUCGCUUGAUCAGGCAUUUUGCCUUGCUGACGCCCGCCAUGUGUUUCCUUUCUUUCUGCAGACAUUCGUUCGCCGACCAUGGUCAUGCUUGGCCUCGAUGAUCUUCGCGUGCCGCCCUCGCAGGGCCGUGCUCUCUAUCGCUUCCUCCGGUCGAAGGGCGUCCACAGUCGACUUCGCGAAUAUCCCGCCGGCCAUGGGCUCGACUCGGUGGAGGUCGAGCGUGAUGUCGCUCUGACGGUGGCCGACUUCUUCGAGGAGAACCUGUAACAUGGGAUGUAUCCAUGCGAAUCCGUGGAUGGAUGAGGGCCGGCGAAUGGAAGGAUGAAUCAUGCCAUGGUGAGAGCAGUGAAAGGAAAAGCGAGCGAGCGAGCAAGCGCGCGCGCGAGAAAGAGAGAGAGAGAGAGA